CACUAGAUGGCCUUGCCAGCUCAACUUGCAACCCAGGCGAGGUGGCUGAUCGUUUUAAACAUCACGACAAUGCCUCCAUGCAGAACAAACCAAUCCUCCAUGCCACACAACUCUGCCAGUCACCACCUCUUUCACCCUAUAAAGUGAGCUUCAAAUAUCAGCCCAAGUCACCACUUCUCAGUUUUUUCUUCUUUCUUCUGCUGCCCUGUACACGUCCAGCAUGACUAAACAUGUUGUAUUAUUGCUUCUCUCUUUGCUUGCUUAUGCAGCUGUAGCAAGCACUGAAAUGCAGCGGAGCGAAGCGCAACAAUGCCAGCUCCGGAAGAUCUCUACCAGCAAACCUUCUCAUCGGAUGAGGUCCCAAGGUGGUGUGACUGAGAUUUGGGACCCGGAGGAGGACCAAUUCCAGUGUGCUGGGUUCGCUCCCAUGAGGGACACUAUACAGACUAAUUCCCUUUCUUUGCCCAAGUUCUUCCCUGUCCCUCGCUUGGUAUACAUUGCUCAAGGUAAGAUAAACGAUUUUAUAAGAUCAGGCUGACUGAUAAUAUGGACCAAUAAUUAAGAGCUCAUUUUUAUGCUCUUUGAGAAAAGGUAGCUAACAGGAGAAGUAAAAUGGAACAGGUAGGGGAGUGAUGGGAGUCAGCUAUCCUGGAUGCCCAGAGACGUUUCACGAAGAUCAGCAAUUUUCAAGAGGCCAAGGCCAGAAGGGAAUGUCAGGAGACCAGCACCAGAAAGUUCACAGGAUUCGCCGCGGAGAUGUCAUUGCCGUGCCAGCAGGAGCAGCCCAUUGGUGCUACAAUGAUGGUAAUGAGGAGCUCAUCGCCGUCUCUGUUCUUGAUCUUAACAACCAGGCUAACCAGCUGGACCAAAACCUUAGAGGAUUUAUGCUGGGGGGCGGCCAAUCCAGGCAUGGACAGGAAAGAGCUUCUCGGAGAUAUGCAGGUCAAUCUGAGAGGAGCCAUGAAGAGACCUUCCAGAACAUUUUCCGUGGAUUUGACGAAGAGUUGAUGGCUGAGGCCUUCAACGUUCCAAGAGAGACUGUAAGGAGAAUGCGACAAGAUAGUAACAGAGGACUCAUUGUCAAGUGCCGAGAAGAUAUGAGAAUCAUGUCACCCGAUCAAGAGGAAGAGGAACAAAGCGAAUCUUCACCUCGGAACGGCUUGGAAGAAACUUUCUGCAACAUGAAAAUCAAACAGAACAUUGAACUCCAAAGAGAAGCCGAUGUUUACACUAAACAGGGAGGAAGAAUCUACAUUGCCAACCAGCAAAAGCUUCCUAUCCUCCAAUUCCUUGACAUGAGCGCUGAGAGAGGCCAUCUUAUGCCAAAUGCAUUGUACACGCCACACUGGUCCAUGACAGACAACAGAGUCGUCUACGCUCUCCGCGGUGAGUUGAACGCACAGGUUGUGGAUGAAAGAGGAAACACCAUAAUGAACGAGAGAGUAAGGCAAGGUGACAUGUUUGUGAUCCCUCAAUUCUAUGCUACAUUGAUGAGGGCAGGAAACAAUGGUUUUGAAUGGGUGUCAUUCAAAUCAAGCAGCCAGCCAAUGAAGAGUCCCAUGGCUGGUUCCAUUUCCGUGAUGAGGGCCAUGCCCGUUGAUGUCAUCUCCAAUGCUCACCAGAUUUCCCCUAGAGAAGCUGAACAAUUGAAAAUGAACAGAGAUCCAGAGUCCAUGCUGCUGUCCCCUACCAGGACCUCAUCUUGAACAGAAUUUUUGUUCUGCUAGCUACUUCCUGUACUCCUAGGGCCACGACUACUAAGAAAUCCCUUCUUGUUUCCUUAGAGAAGGAUCCAUCAACCAAGAAGCUUCUGUAUAUUUUGUGGGCGAGUGUAAAAAUGCAUGUAAGCCUUCUUUUAUGAUCAAUAAAAGGUGGCCUUCUUUUAUGACAGCCUUCCAGUUCUACCUGGACCAUGGCUCAUAUAAUCUUUUUUCCCCUAACAUUGCCCAGGCUAACGAAGAACAAAUAGCCACUCAAAAUAUCGCAUAUCCUGAAAUGACAGAAUGGACCCCGCAGUACUAUUCUAAAAACGACGGCCAAGAGAACUUUCUGGUGCAAAUUACAGCAGCCAUUUCCCAGACAAUGAAUUUUGUGAUUUUUUUAUUUGAUCAAAUGAAAAAUGUAUGCUAGCUAAGCUUUCCCAGGCCACGUGAAAACCCUGGGAAGUUCGGACCC